UUAAAAAAAAAACUAUUUUUUGUUGGUUUUGGAUUCGUCUGUGUGUUUUAUCUUCUUCUUCUUCUACUUGUUGGACGAAGCAGUGAAAGGAUUGAUUCUCUGUCAAUUUUUUUCUAAAUUAUAUCUGCGUUGGAGACAGAAGAGAAGAGAAGUUAAACAGUGUUUGGGAGAGAGAGAGAGAUAGAUAGAUGAGUUCGUCUCUACCUAUGAGGCUCCUUCUUCUGCCUCUUACACCUUCUUUGAUUUCUCCUCCUCCGGAUUCUUCUCAUAAGCCUCUCCGAUCGCAAAACCCUAAUUUCAUUCUCCGUUCUUCUACUACUACUUCUUCUUCAUUGUCGCAGCUUUUUCCCCGGCGAUCCAGAUCCUCUUCUCCCUCUGUUCCCAUGUGUUUUCCCCAACACAAGGAAGAUCAAGCCAACAUAGAUACUUGGAGAAAUGAAGAAGAUGAUCACAUUACAUGUGGGCUUGAAUCAGAUGAAGAUUCCGGAGGCCUCCGGAUUCCUACUCAGGCACAGGCCAUCGUUGAAGGAUCUGGUUCAGUUGCUGUCUCUGAGCUCAAACCUUCCCCUGAUGUUGAUUACAUUCAAGAGCUGUUGGCGAUACAGCAACAAGGGCCUAGAACAAUUGGCUUCUUUGGGACCAGGAACAUGGGUUUCAUGCAUCAAGAGCUCAUCGAGAUACUUAGCUACGCCAUGGUUAUUACUAAAAAUCAUAUAUAUACUUCAGGUGCAUCUGGAACUAACGCAGCUGUUAUCAGAGGUGCGUUGAGAGCAGAGAGACCAGAGCUUCUUACAGUCAUUUUGCCUCAAAGUUUGAAAAAACAACCUCCUGAGAGCCAAGAACUCUUGUCUAAAGUACAAAACGUGGUAGAAAAGCCACACAAUGACCAUUUGCCAUUAUUAGAAGCCAGCAGGCUGUGUAAUAUGGACAUCAUAUCACAAGUACAGCAAGUGAUCUGCUUUGCCUUUCAUGACAGUAAGCUUCUCAUGGAGACAUGUCAAGAAGCUAAAAAUCUCCGCAAGAUCGUCACUCUCUUCUACCUCGAUUGAUUCCCCACUUUAUCUUAUCUUCUCCCGGGAACACAAGAGGAUGGAUACAAGUCUCUUUUGUAAAUUGUGAAUCUCUCCCCCAUCCACAACAUAUUCUUUUGUCUAAAUUUUUGAAAACCCCCAUCGUUGUGAUUUUAUAGGAUAAAUUCUCAACUAUUUGUAACGUUACAUGGUGUUAUAAAAUCUAUCUUCUCAUAACAA